AACUUAUAUAUUUUAUUGCAGGACCAAGCACAUCUAAGCUGUCAUGACAGCCUAUGAAGUUUCAAGGGAACCAAGACAGGUCCUGAAGAUGUCAGAUGAAGUCAACACCCCACAGAGGUCGAUAAUGGACUUCUUCAAAACUCCUCAAAAAGAACAGUUGACAUCAAAACCCAAAGAUCUUCUAGGCUUCUUCUGUAGAAAAGACACCAGUAGUACAAAGAAAACCCCAGAAUUAAUCUGCAAUGGAAAGGACAUUCCUGAAACAAAAGAAAAUGUAUUGAACAAAGGAAAAGAGAAAAAAGAUGAAAAGGCAAGUCUGCCAAAGAAAAGAAAGAGAUCAACCUCAAAAGACGGGGAUAUUUCUGAUGAUAACGCUAAUGACAAAGCUUCUGGGAGGAAGAACAGGUUGAAAAGGAAGAAACAAGAAACAGUUAAAGCAAAAGACAACAGGCAAACAACACCUAAAGGGAAAACGGUUAGUAGUGGAGAAGUUAAAUCUGUAUGUAAUGCCACAGAGGAAUCAAAGACCAAAACUGGGACUGUUUUUUCAAUUGGUGAUAAGGUCCAUUCUGAUAUCAACAAAGAGGAGGGAGAUUCUGAUAAAGAUACACAUAAAUCUGAUCAGAAAAAAGAAAGUGAUUUGGUACAGACAGAACAAAUGACCAGUGAAGAUGAAGUACCAAAAUGUGCUGAAAGUAAAACCUGUGGAAGACCUGAUUUGGCGCUAAAUGGAAAUAAAACAGGUAAAUGUAGUCCAGGGAAGGAAAAAGAAGUGGAGGCUACAUCAAAUCUAGAAUGGAACAAACGGAUAGACAUAGAGAAAUGUAGAACACCCAAAGACAAGGAUAAAGAAAAAAGUGUUAAAAAGAAAAAUAAACUUAGAAAGAAAAAGAAAGAGGCAGAGUCACAAGAGACUGCAAAGAAAACGCUAAACUUGUCAGACAUUUGUACCAAUAUGGCUGAUGUCUCAAUUCUUAGUGAUGGAGGGCUGAACACGAGUCAGGUGAAGGACAAUCAAGAUUAUGUGGGAACUGACAGUAUGCAGGAGAGGGGGGAGAACAUUACCAGUAUAUCAACUGCAACAGAGGUGAACUAUGAUGUAUUCCUUGGUAAUGGAGACGCAGAAGAGAACACUGCAGAGAGGUGUGACAAGAUGGAAGAGUCAGGGAACAUGGAGGAAGAAAGUUAUGAAGAUUUUUUAUCCAAACAGCAGAAGGAAAAUGACAAUGAUGCAAACAAACAACAAGAUGAUGAUAAACCCACAGCUGCUGCUGAACCAGUUAAAAAGAAGAGAGGACGACCUAAGAAAACAGACAAUUUACAUUCUACAAGUCAGAGGACUGGAGAGAAAAUUCCUGUUAGUGAUGCUAGCAAAGGCGGUAAAUCAAAGGAGGAUUUUCCCACAGAAGAUGUGCUGGAGGUGAGUUACCUGGACUACUUAAAUACAAUUGGAGACAACAACUCAGAGAAACAAGGAAUUCCAAAGAAAAGUAUUAAUGAUAUGCUUGGAAAAGGUAUUAAAGGUAUUAUUUCCCAAGAAGACGAUGCUGGAUCUACAGUAAAACCAUGUGACGAUGAUGGAACAAACAUUCCAAUGCCAAAACAAUAUCCGUCUAUCACCAACUUUUUUUCUAAAGUCAGUAAAAAUGAAAAAUUUAAUAAGUCAACCCCUAAAGCUGAUCAGUUAACUAUCAAGGCUAUGGUUCAUGUACCAGAAAAUGACAACAAAAGAGGAAAUCUGGAAAAAAGUGACAAAAAACUGGUGGCCAAAAAGAAACAGCUCACAAAACACAAGAGUGAAGAUUCAAUACAGAUAUUGAGUUCAGAGAUAAUUGUUAUAGAAGAUAAUGAUAUGGAUGUCACUUGUGAUGGGAAAAAGAAAAGUAUUUUACAAGAGAAGAAAGAGGAAAAGGUAUUGGAAGAUAAACAAGACGUAAUAGAAAUAUCGGAAGAGACUGAAGCAAGGGAAAAGAAAAACUUGUUUUUGCACAGUGUGAAUGAACCAGACAAAUCUAUCAAACAGAAAACAUCACAAGCUACACUUAGUUUUGCCAAGGGAAAUCUGAAAAUGAAUAAAGCAGUGAAGGAAUCCUUAGAAAAACCUACAGAAAAGACAAGUGAAAGUACACCAGAGCCAGAAAAGAGAAAAAGGGGUAGACCAAAGAAAUCUAGUAGUGAGAAGGAAAAUGUCAAGACAAAGCAAGAUAACUUAAGCAAGUCAAGUCACAACUCAAGUCAGUCAAGUCACAAUUCAAGUCAAGUGUUUGAAGACAAAUCUGAAGAGGAUAGUAUGAAGGAGGAAAGAAACAAUAAAAGUCUAGCUGAGAGAAGAAAAUCAAUUCGACUGAAAUACAAAGUCAAACUUUUACAGAAUUCUGAGGUUGGCUCUCCUAUCAGGAUGAAAUUUAUGAGGUGUGCAAAGAGUAGUAGUGGAAGUGGCCAAGAUGAAUCAUUCACUCCAAAGUCUAAGGAAAAGAGCAAGAAUAAGAAGAUGCAGAGUAAAGCCCAGAAAUUGUUAGCAAAAGCCAAGAAAGUGAAGGGUAACCAGAAAAAUCUCCAAGCUGAUCAAAAGAGCAAAGCCAGGAAAGUCAAGGGGCCAGAAAUCCCUACACACCUGUACAUCACAUCUCAUCACAUCAUGGCCCCAUCACAAGCUUGUAAAAGAUAUUUUUGUUACACACCAAAGAAGAAACCCAGGGCCCAGAAGCAGACACCAGCAAAGAAAAAAGAGGUGAAGAAUAUUGCAUCAAUCUUCUUAACCAAAAAGCCUAAGGCUGCAGUAAAUAGCCCAGUAAAGAAAGUUUUAGAUCCGGAGGCAGAGAAGUUAAAGAGGGCUUUUUUAAUGAGCGGGAUUCCAGCAGAGUUAAAGCAAAGUAUCACUGCAGCAGCAAUAGCAGCUGUGGCUAGUUAUCCUCCUUUUCCGCGAGACAAUCACGUCCAGCAGAAAUCAGAGUCCAGGAUGUGGAGCUUGGUGGACGUCGUUCUGAAGAUGGUGACUCAAACUGAGUUUUGUACAAAGAUAUCACAGCCUUGGUGUCAGGGCCUCACAGACAGACAGAUUGGGACACAAAUUCUGAUAUUAAAGAAACCCGAGACCUGUGAGAAAUUUAGGGAUGAUACACUCAGCUGUUUACUGAAAGAGAUCAGUCAGGUCUGUCCAUCAUUUCCCACACAGAAAAUGUACAACAUUCUGAAGGAAAAGCAGGAGGACGAAAUCAUUGAGGAAAUAGAAGAGAAGUCAAAGGAGAAGGAAAAGAAGGGGAAGCCAGAAAAAGAAAAACCCAGGAAUACGGAGAAGGAAAAAGUGAUAGAAAUUAUCUUAUUCCCUGAAUCUAAGGCAGACCAGGACAAGAAAGAGGAUAAACAAGAGAAUGUUCACCCUACCCUGUCCUGGCCUAAAAAGUACCAUCCUCUUCACUCUCUCUUUAACACAGCCAUCAUUAAGAAACUGAAAUCUUGGCUUCUGGAGUGGAAACAGUGUCUGGACAAAGAGGCAAAGAAAGCCAAACUGAUGAUGAUGAAAGAGAAAAAGAAGAACAAAACAUUGAAUGAGGAGGAGGAGGAAGAGGAGUGGUGGACGGAUGAUGCCAGUGAUUUUGAUAUGGACAGUGACUCAGAUGAGGAGGAGAGGCUCUGUAAUACUGCCAUGCUCACCGGUCCCCUUGGGGUGGGGAAAACGGCCACCGUCUACGCUCUAGCACAGGAACUUGGUUUUAAGGUGUUUGAGGUGAAUGCAUCAUCCAGCAGAAAUGGGAAGAGAAUCCUGGCUCAGCUACAGGAAGCCACACAGUCUCAGCAGGUCUCCAAACACCAGUUCAGUGGAGCAGGCACACCCAAAAAACUCAAGAAUGCAUCAAAUGCGGUUACGUCUUCUAAACAAAAACCAACAGUGUUCACCAAUUUGUUCAAGAAAGCAGCAACACCUAAUUGUGUCACCCCCAUGGAGGAAAAGGGCAAACCAGGCAGGAAAAAGCGGAAAAGAGACGAGGACACAGACAAGGAUUACAGGGCAGAGAAGGAACAGAAGAGGAGGAAGAAGGGAGAAGACAGCAUGAAGACAGCUCCUCAAGAAAAGAAGAAGAGUCUCAAUCUCUCCUGUACAUCACUUAUCCUGUUUGAUGAGGUUGACUUGGUAUUUGAAGCUUUUGACAAGGGCUUUUGGGCAGCAGUGAAGAAUUUUAUGGACACCACAAAAAUCCCUAUCAUUCUCACCAGCAAUGAUGUCUCUUUACCACAGAAGUUUGAAGGCAGAUUCGAACAUUACAAGUUCAAAGUUCCCCCAAUUGUUCCUACUUCCUGCUACUUGAGACUGGUGGCUUUGGUGGAGAACUUUAGGAUGGACUGGGAUGAAAUUGUCAACCUUGUUUCCAUUUUCAAUUGUGACCUCCGUCGAGUGUUACUGACCUUGCAGUUUUGGCUUAGUUCUGGAGGAGGUCAUAAGAUCAAGAGGUCAAUCAAAGAUAUUGAGCCUGAAAAACCCCAGCAAGCUCUUCCAAUCGCUCCAGUUAUUGAAGAAAAUUCCUGUUCCCAGGAUGCCUUUGUAGCAUUAAGAAGUGAAAAAGGAACUGGUUUGAACCAGCUUGUUGAUGAUGAAGAUGAUGAUUUUGUGUCCAUAAAACCAGUAGCAUGUAAAAAGAAGCAGGUGAUUUGUGAUGAUGAGGGGUCUAAUCUUACUCCUCCUGUUGCUGAUAGAGUCCUGAUGGAUGCUCAGAAAUGUCCUGCUGUGAAUACUUCCUGUCUAGAGAGCAUGCUGGGACUGCCUAUAAAAAAUGAAGCUGGCAUUCUUGGAUUUCUUACCAAAACUCUUCAGGAAGGUGGCAGCAAGAAUGAAGAGCUGGCCAUCCAAGCUGGUCAACAGUACCUGAAGCUUAAAGUGGAUCUGCUGUAUGGCCACCAUCUAGAUAUGUUACCUCUACACAAGGUCACAGUGGAGAAUCUGGGGCCUAUAAAACAGGCUGCCUCUCCCCUCAAAACCAGAAGGAGGCGAAUCAGGAUCACCUCAGAUCUUUACGACAGUGAGGGGUCAGACAGCGAGUCUACAAACGUCACAGAGAAAACUCCUGUUGUUGAAGAGUCCAGCAAACAAAGCGAGACAAACUCAAAGGAGCUCAGGGGGUCUUUGAGUGAGUUUGCUCAAUUCUAUGACAGCUUAUCAUUUACGGACAUGCUGCGGUAUCAAGAGGAGAGGAUCAUAGGAAAUCAGGAAAGUGAGUGUGGAAUGACUGAGGAACCACGGUUACACGAACAUUCGGAGUUCUGGAUGGAGGACCAUACAAGUACUGUGUGCUCCACCAUCGAGUGGAAAGGUUUCAGUAAGCUCCACCAUAGACUGAAGGAAAUAACCUCAAGUCUUCCAGACCAAGAAGAUGAGAGAUUUAAGAUUCCUGUUCUUAAUGGUAGAAGUUCUACUCUAACUCAUGGAUUAGCUAGUCCAGAUGACAGAUCUCGGAACUCGAUUAAAAAGGCUUAUGGAAAUGUAUUGUCCAGUCUGCCUUUAUCAGUACAGGGCCACAAGUCUGUUGUCAUGUCUGAUUAUCUCCCCUACCUGAGAUCUAUAACCAGGGAUGAGCAGAUUAGACAGGCAGCUAAAAUCAAGAGAAGGUUCCACCAUUAUUUUGAUCAGAUAGGACUUCCUCUAAAGGACCAGACCCUGGAUGUUUUGAGACUGCCUCUGCCUUGGAAUAGCUGAUUUAAAUACUGUGAUGAUAGGGAUUUUAAAAUUUCUGUAUAUUUUAUCUAUGUAAGUCCAUGUAGUUCCUAUGUGCAAGUUCUUAAUACAUUUACAGUGCAGUAUAAAAUACGGGUGACAAAAACUUGGAAACAUUGACUGUCAUUCUAAAUGAAUUUGGUUAGAAAGGAACAUUUUUAUGUGGAAUUGUCAGAAUUGGGUACUAAAAAUGAUUUAUGUAAUGAUUCUACAGUGGUUUCUAAUUAUUGUAAUAUACCCUUUUAUGUAGGAAUGAUUAUGUAGAUAAUUUAUUAAAUUAUGUAUAAAAAAGACAUUGUUAAUAUUACAAGU